UGACGUGCCGAGAGAGAGAGCGAACGCGCAGCCGGGAGAGCGGAGUCUCCUGCUUCCCGCCCCCCACCCCUCCAGCUCCUGCUCCUCCUCCGCUCCCCAUACACAGACGCGCUCACACCCGCUCCCUCACUCGCACACACAGACACAAGCGCGCACACAGGCUCCGCACACACACUUCGCUCUCCCGCGCGCUCACACCCCUCUUGCCCUGAGCCCUUGCCGGUGCAGCGCGGCGCCGCAGCUGGACGCCCCUCCCGGGCUCACUUUGCAACGCUGACGGUGCCGGCAGUGGCCGUGGAGGUGGGAACAGCGGCGGCAUCCUCCCCCCUGGUCACAGCCCAAGCCAGGACGCCCGCGGAACCUCUCGGCUGUGCUCUCCCAUGAGUCGGGAUCGCAGCAUCCCCCACCAGCCGCUCACCGCCUCCGGGAGCCGCUGGGCUUGUACACCGCAGCCCUUCCGGGACAGCAGCUGUGACUCCCCCCCCAGUGCAGAUUUCGGGACAGCUCUCUAGAAACUCGCUCUAAAGACGGAACCGCCACAGCACUCAAAGCCCACUGCGGAAGAGGGCAGCCCGGUAAGCCCGGGCCCUGAGCCUGGACCCUUAGCGGUGCCAGGCAGCACUGCCGGCGCUUCGCCUCGCCGGACGUCCGCUCCUCCUACACUCUCAGCCUCCGCUGGAGAGACCCCCAGCCCCACCAUUCAGCGCGCAAGAUACCCUCCAGGUAGGUUCGAAGGCAAGACCCUUUUCUCCUCCCUGGCUGAGGGAAGUGGGUGGGGGAACCACACACUCGGCGGGCAGCGUGGUCGACCUGCCCAGUGCCAGGACAGUGACUGCUGGCCGCGAAUUUCACAACACAGGUGGCUUCCUCACAGGAAGCUCCUCUGUAUACCACACCCUGUUGCUACUGAGUGGAGCAGCCAAAUUAAAUUAAGCUUGCAUUGCUCAAAAUUAAUUUUCCUAAGAGAAAUACAAAUACACCAAUAGAUUAGGGUAUUUUAUAGAUUUUUAAUUUCAUUUUUGCUCUUCUUUUAUAGCCAGUGUGCACAUUUAAGAGUUAUGGAAUCACUUAGAGCAAUACUGAGCAUUUUCAUUUAUAUAAAACCCAAAUCAUUUGGGUGCAGAAGUUUGGAUGAUUGAAGCUCAGAGGGAAGGAGAAAAGCAUUUGAGCUGAAAACCGAAGAGUAAAUUUGAGUUUGGCAAAAGAACAGAUUGCACGUUUGGUUGGUACCACCUCUUUACAAAUUUGUUAAAGGAAUACUAGGUGCCAAGCCUGUGUGGGCACCAUAGAUAAUGCAGAUAAAUAGAAUACAAUCCCAGCAAGCUCAUCUUCUAGCUAGAAACCUCAGAAAGACACAAAUAAGAGCAGUAGAAAGGGAUUGGCCGGAAAGAAUGACAGAAAAGAGUAAUGGAGAAAUCCUAGAGGUGCUGAAGGGAGAAGGAGAAUAGAUCAAAGAUCAGGCAGUGUUCUUUCUUUUAAAUGAUUAGCCUUUCAUUUCAUCCCAACAACUGGACAGCAAGAUAAGUAACUGGACUUCAAACUAGUGAGUGUAUUUUUAAGGCCCUGCUUGUUAAAGAAAGGCUUGAACUGGCCUCUCCUCAUCACUGCUUCUUCCAACAGGCCCUCAUCACCUUUUUUCAAGUCAAGAUUUCAUCCCAUACAUGCAUGACUCAAUCAGAUUUGGAAAUGUGGGUAAGAGAAAGAUGUCAAAGGAAAUGUGAAGUAUUCACUUCUCUAUUAGUCACACCUUUUACACCAUAGACUCCAAAGAGGCGUUAAGCACCUGGUUUUCCUUUGGCUCAGAAAAACCAACCACCAGAAACCGCCGUUUUUUUUUACCAUUUAUAUUUAGCCAUAAAGAAAGAAAAAUAAUUAGAUAAAUCAUCCACUACAUCCAAUAAUUCUCAGAGCCUUCUCACUCAGUUCAGCCUCUCUGAACAAUAGUAAGCACCCUGGAUACCAGCCACUUUGGGGGCAACAUAGUCAAACUGGCAGAGAAAUCAAGUCUAUUGAGAAACUGCUUUUUUUCAUGGGUACUAAUUCUAGUGUCAUAAGGAAAUACCUAUACUAACUUGCCUAUUAUGAUAGUUAUAAACUGUUAUCACAAAACAGUCACUGAUAUGUUUUAUUAGUUAGAAUUGGGAUAUAUAUAUGUGUGUGUGUGUGUGUGUGUAUAUAUAUAUUAUGGGUGGGUGUUUUGUUGCAGCUGCUGAUCUUUUUCUUUGCAGAUGGUACAAACUCCCCCGAGUCAAUUUCCUGGGCCUGUGUCCCCACCUAGCUGACUGAAGUUAUCAACAGGGGUCCAGUUUGUGCAGGCUGCUAGCCCUAUUGGAGGAGUGGGGAGGAGGUGGGAGAAAGCAACCACAACGUGUGUGGGCAGCCUCAAUUGGCACUCAUAAAAUGUUAGAAUGUCAACUCUCUCCCUUGGCCACUAAAUCUCUCACAGGGUAGUUUUUCUUGCCUAACUCAGGUUUACAAAUCAAUGUGUAUGCCUUGGGGGACCAAUGGCCUGUUUCCUCCCAAAUAAACCACUGGCUUUCUCUUUGUCCCCCUAGGUUAUAGCUAAGGAGCCCACUCCAAUUAGUUUAUAGGAUUCAAAGCCUCUUUUUAAAAACAUCUCUGAGCUUAUGAGGAAAGACUUCAAGUUUCCCAAAUCUAGUGGAGGACAGGGCAAGGGAGGAAACAUAGGUACAGGAGUCCACAGGAGGCCAGGUUUUGGCACCCCUUUGUCAGGAAUUCAGCUUCCUUACUAGGGAUGAAGAAAGUAAGUGUGGGGCUUUGUGUCUAUGCUACCAGAAGGAGGAGAGGAUGACACUUCCUCUCUGUUUCCCAGAUUAGAGAACAGUGAACCCAAUGCUGCCUGUUGGCUACAAAACAAGUGUUAACUUGCUUCUGAGAGACCCUUUUCUCUGUCUGUCCCUGCAGAUAUGCCCUGCGUCCAAGCCCAAUAUAGCCCUUCGCCUCCAGGUUCCAGUUAUGCCGCGCAGACAUACAGCUCGGAAUACACCACGGAGAUCAUGAACCCCGACUACACCAAGCUGACCAUGGACCUUGGCAGCACUGAGAUCACGGCUACAGCCACCACGUCCCUGCCCAGCAUCAGUACCUUCGUGGAGGGCUACUCGAGCAACUACGAACUCAAGCCCUCCUGUGUGUACCAAAUGCAGCGGCCCUUGAUCAAAGUGGAGGAGGGGCGGGCGCCCAGCUACCAUCACCAUCACCACCACCACCACCACCACCACCAUCAUCACCAGCAGCAGCAUCAGCAGCCAUCCAUUCCUCCAGCCUCCAGCCCGGAGGACGAGGUGCUGCCCAGCACCUCCAUGUACUUCAAGCAGUCCCCACCGUCCACCCCCACCACGCCGGCCUUCCCCCCGCAGGCGGGGGCGUUAUGGGACGACGCACUGCCCUCGGCGCCCGGCUGCAUCGCGCCCGGCCCGCUGCUGGACCCGCCGAUGAAGGCGGUCCCCACGGUGGCCGGCGCGCGCUUCCCGCUCUUCCACUUCAAGCCCUCGCCGCCGCAUCCCCCCGCGCCCAGCCCGGCUGGCGGCCACCACCUCAGCUACGACCCGACGGCCGCUGCCGCGCUCAGCCUGCCGCUGGGAGCCGCAGCCGCCGCGGGCAGCCAGGCCGCCGCGCUUGAGGGCCACCCGUACGGGCUGCCGCUGGCCAAGAGGGCGGCCCCGCUGGCCUUCCCUCCUCUCGGCCUCACGCCCUCCCCUACCGCGUCCAGCCUGCUGGGCGAGAGUCACAGCCUGCCGUCGCCGCCCAACAGGAGCUCGUCGUCCGGCGAGGGCACGUGUGCCGUGUGUGGGGACAACGCCGCCUGCCAGCACUACGGCGUGCGAACCUGCGAGGGCUGCAAGGGCUUUUUCAAGAGAACAGUGCAGAAAAAUGCAAAAUAUGUUUGCCUGGCAAAUAAAAACUGCCCAGUAGACAAGAGACGUCGAAACCGAUGUCAGUACUGUCGAUUUCAGAAGUGUCUCAGUGUUGGAAUGGUAAAAGAAGUUGUCCGUACAGAUAGUCUGAAAGGGAGGAGAGGUCGUCUGCCUUCCAAACCAAAGAGCCCAUUACAACAGGAACCUUCUCAGCCCUCUCCACCUUCUCCUCCAAUCUGCAUGAUGAAUGCCCUAGUCCGAGCUUUAACAGACUCAACACCCAGAGAUCUUGAUUAUUCCAGAUACUGUCCCACUGACCAGGCUGCUGCAGGCACAGAUGCUGAGCAUGUGCAACAAUUCUACAACCUCCUGACAGCCUCCAUUGAUGUAUCCAGAAGCUGGGCAGAAAAGAUUCCGGGAUUUACUGAUCUCCCCAAAGAAGAUCAGACAUUACUUAUUGAAUCAGCCUUUUUGGAGCUGUUUGUCCUCAGACUUUCCAUCAGGUCAAACACUGCUGAAGAUAAGUUUGUGUUCUGCAAUGGACUUGUUCUGCAUCGACUUCAGUGCCUUCGUGGAUUUGGGGAGUGGCUCGACUCUAUUAAAGACUUUUCCUUAAAUUUGCAGAGCCUGAACCUUGAUAUCCAAGCCUUAGCCUGCCUGUCAGCACUGAGCAUGAUCACAGAAAGACAUGGGUUAAAAGAACCAAAGAGAGUCGAAGAGCUAUGCAACAAGAUCACAAGCAGUUUAAAAGACCACCAGAGUAAGGGACAGGCUCUGGAGCCCACCGAGUCCAAGGUCCUGGGUGCCCUGGUAGAACUGAGGAAGAUCUGCACCCUGGGCCUCCAGCGCAUCUUCUACCUGAAGCUGGAAGACUUGGUGUCUCCACCUUCCAUCAUCGACAAGCUCUUCCUGGACACCCUACCUUUCUAAUCAGGAGUAGUGGAGCAGUGAGCUGCCUCCUCUCCUAGCACCUGCUUGCUACGCAGCAAAGGGAUAGGUUUGGAAACCUAUCAUUUCCUGUCCUUCCUUAAGAGGAAAAUCAGCUCCUGUAGAAAGCAAAGACUUUCUUUUUUUUCUGGCUCUUUUCCUUACAACCUAAAGCCAGAAAACUUGCAGAGUAUUGUGUUGGGGUUGUGUUUUAUAUUUAGGCAUUGGGGGAUGGGGUGGGAGGGGGUUAUAGUUCAUGAGGGUUUUCUAAGAAAUUGCUAACAAAGCACUUUUGGACAAUGCUAUCCCAGCAGGAAAAAAAAAGGAUAAUAUAACUGUUUUAAAACUCUUUCUGGGGAAUCCAAUUAUAGUUGCUUUGUAUUUAAAAACAAGAACAGCCAAGGGUUGUUCGCCAGGGUAGGAUGUGUCUUAAAGAUUGGUCCCUUGAAAAUAUGCUUCCUGUAUCAAAGGUACGUAUGUGGUGCAAACAAGGCAGAAACUUCCUUUUAAUUUCCUUCUUCCUUUAUUUUAACAAAUGGUGAAAGAUGGAGAAUUACCUACAAAUCAGACAUGGCAAAACAAUAAUGGCUUUUGCUUCCAUAAACAAGUGCAAUUUUUUAAAGUGCUGUCUUACUAAGUCUUGUUUAUUAACUCUCCUUUAUUCUAUAUGGAAAUAAAAAGGAGGCAGUCAUGUUAGCAAAUGACACAUGUUAAUAUCCCUAGCAGAGGCUGUGUUCACCUUCCCUGUCAAUCCCUUCUGAGGUAUGGCCCAUCCAAGACUUUUAGGCCAUUCUUGAUGGAACCAGAUCCCUGCCCUGACUGUCCAGCUAUCCUGAAAGCGGAUCAGAUUAUAAACUGGAUUACAUGUAACUGUUUUGGUUGUGUUCUAUCAACCCCACCAGAGUUCCCUAAACUUCCUUCAGUUAUAGUAACUGACUGGUAUAUUCAUUCAGAAGCUCCAUAAGUCAGUUGAGUAUUUGAUCCCUAGAUAAGAACAUGCAAAUCAGCAGGAACUGGGUCAUACAGGGUAAUCACCAGGGACAAUAAGGAUUUUUAUAGAUAUAAUUUAAUUUUUGUUAUUGGUUAAGGAGACAAUUUUGGAGCGCAAGCAAGUCUUUUUAAAAAAUAGUAUGAAUGUGAAUACUAGAAAAGAUUUAAAAAAUAGUAUGAGUGUGAGUACUAGGAAGGAUUAGUGGGCUGCGUUUCAACAUUCCGUGUUCGUACUCCCUUUUGUAUGUUUCUACUGUUAAUGCCAUAUUACUAUGAGAUAAUUUGUUGCAUAGUGUCCUUAUUUGUAUAAACAUUUGUAUGCACGUUAUAUUGUAAUAGCUUUGCCUGUAUUUAUUGCAAGACCACCAGCUCCUGGAAGCUGAGUUACAGAGUAAUUAAAUGGGGUGUUCACAGUGACUUGGAUACACCAAUUAGAAAUUAAAUAAGCAAAUAUAUAUAUAUAUAUAUAUAAAUAUAGCAGGUUACAUAUAUAUAUAUUUAUAAUGUGUCUUUUUAUUAACCAUUUGUACAAUAAAUGUCACUUCCCAUGCCGUUAUUUUAUGGUUCAUUUGCAGUGACUUUUAAGGCAGUACUGUUUAGCACUUUGAUAUUAAAAUUUUGCUUAUGUUUUGCUAAAUUCGAAUAAUGUUUGAAGAUUUUUAGGUCUAAAAGUCUUUAUAUUAUAUACUCUGUAUCAAGUCAAAAUAUCUUUGGCCAUUUUGCUAAGAAACAAACUUUGAAUGUCAAACUGAUGUCACAGUAGUUUUUGUUAGCUUUAAAUCAUUUUUGCUUUAGUCUUUUUAAAGGAAAAUAACAAAACUAUGCUGUUUAUAUUGUCAUUAAAUUAUACAAUCAAACAAAUGCCAAAUGAAUUGCCUAAUUGCUGCAAAGUAUAACCCAGAUAGGAAAUCAUAUGUUUUUUUCCAAGAGUCAUUCUAAUAUUUGAUUAUGUGUUAUGUUUAUGUGUGCUUUUAUGAAAGAUUGUUAUUUUUAUAUAUCAAGAUGAUAGAACCUGGAAUGUUAGGAUUUUGAAAUGUUAGACUUGGAAGGGGCCUGGCCUGUCAACUAGUCCAACCCCUUAAAAUUCAUAGAGGAGCAAACUGGGGCCCAUUGAAGGGUGAAGAGUUACUCAAGGUCAAACAGCUAGUAACAGAAUCAAGACUAAGACCUAAUUUACCUUUCCAUACUCUUUUUUUUUCUCAACUUCAUCUAUAUAAAAUCAGGCUUUUAAACAUAACCACUAAUAUUUACCUGAAGAUAACCAUGAGUAAAGUAUACUUUUGCAUUAAUUUUUUGAGCUUAUAUGCAAACAUAAUAAAUAUUAUUAAAUAUCAGGAAAGCUAACAUUUCAUACAAGAUAACUUCAGACCAAAUUCAAAUUGAAUUUGAAUAAAUUAGAAAUACUGUGCAUACAUAACCUUCUUGUGCACCAUGAGUAUUUGGAACGUUAAUCCCUGUUUUUGUCGUGUCUAUAAAGGAAGAACAAAACAAAACAAAAACAAAGCCCUAGAGAAAUGCUGUUACUUUUUAUUUUUACACCCAUCAGAUUUAAGGAAAAGACUUUUUAGCCAUUAUAAUCUAGUGGUUGGAAGGAAUGAAGAAGCUUUUUUAGUAAUAGGUCCAGAUAUGAGUGCUAAAAAUAAAGACGAUAGCAUGUUCUUCUGUCUUCCAUAGUUAUUACAACUAUGAGAGCCUCCCAAGUCAUCUAUCAACUAAACUCCCUUUUUUUUGUCUUAAUGUUGCACAUAAGUUUAUACAGAGUGGAUGACCACACUAGCACAGAAGAGAACAACAUGUAUUAAAGCAGGUGAUUCCUCCCCUUGGCGGGAGAGCUCUCUCAGUGUGAACAUGCCUUCUGUGGGCGGAAAUCAGGAAGCCACCAGCUGUUAAUGGAGAGUGCCUUGCUUUUAUUUCAGACAGCAGAGUUUUCCAGAGUUUCUCUGCUCCUCUAACAGCAUUGCUCUUUAGUGUGUGUUAACCUGUGGUUUGAAAGAAAUGCUCUUGUACAUUAACAAUGUAAAUUUAAAUGAUUAAAUUACAUUUUAUCAAUGGCUACUGGUGUAUUGAAUAAGCCUGCUUCAUUUAACAGUUUUCUCUUAAUUAUUAUGUAAUAGUAUUUGCUGUGAACUCUUAAGCACAUCCCCAAAAUUGAUUUUUUAAAGGCUUAGUAAUGCUGAAAAAUUAA